UUGAUUAAGAAAUUGUUAUUAGGUGCAGUAACUAGCGUAACAUUUCAGCUACUUGCACGCUAAAUAUGUGAAACUAGAUGUCUGUUUACAAUAACAAACAUUCAUACGGUCUCUUGCGGGGGCAUAAAUAGGGCACCAACUAUCGAAAUGCUCUUAAAACACGUAUCAAACAAACAGAUCAUAUAUAACUGAUAUCAAACACUUGAGCCCUCUCCAUGACAACUGAGCAAAUUGCAUCUGCUGAAGAAGACCGCGAGUUAAGAAAGCGCUCGAAAAAGCUAGCGCGUGCUGUCAGCUGCCUGGCAGAGGGACCCCGUCGGCCUACUAUUGAAGAGUUCCUGCAUUGCUGUCAUUCCUGCUGGGGGUAGCUGAUAGCACCACUGAAAGCUCUGGGCUCUUAUUACACAUCUGACAAGAUGGCAGGAGAAAUCUUCACCAGUUUGGACAAUCAGUAUAAUGUGGAUUGUGCUAACGUUCACCCCCUGGUGUGUCACCUGUGUCAUGAGCAGUACCAGUCCCCGUGCCUGUUGGACUGCUAUCACAUCUUCUGUGCCCGCUGCCUACGAGGCCGGACCAAUGACAGCCGUCUCAGCUGCCCCCUCUGUGGGUAUCCAUCCAUAGUAAAAGGGAGUAACGCCCUCCCACCCGAAGACCGUCUGCUGAAGUUCCUCGUCGACAACAAUGCGGACACUGAGGAGACGGUCCAGUGUGCCAACUGCGAUAAGGAAAGUAGUGAAAAGGACACAGGGGUGAUGUACUUUUGUAACACUUGCACCCAGCCACUGUGCGGCGCCUGCAGGGAGCUGACUCACAAGGCCAGAAUGUUUUCCCACCAUGAGAUUGUUUCCUUGGCCAAACGCACUAAAGCCAAACACAGGAAGUGCUCUCUCCACGAGGAGCCCUACAUCCUGUUCUCAACAGAGAAUCAGUCUAUGCUUUGUAUCAAGUGCUUCAGAGACAUGCAAGUGGAGAGUCGGACUCACUGCAUUGAUAUUGAAACAGCUUACGUGCAGGGGUGCGAGAUGUUGGACCAGGCUGUGCUGGUGGUGAAGGAGCUGCAGACUUCAGCUCGAGAGGCGAUCGUUCUGCUGCGAGCAAUGAUAGGAGAAGUGUGUCUAAACGUGGAGGAAGAAGAGAAUGCAAUCUGCAGUCUGUUCAACAGCCUGCAGGAUAUACUAGCAGAGAGGAAGAAGAUUCUGCUGAGAGCAGCUCAGAGUCAACACGAGGAGAAGGAGAAAGCACUAAAGGAACAACUCUCACACCUUACUGCCCUAUUACCAACCCUCCAGGUCCACCUCGUCACCUGUUCGGCCUUCCUCAGCUCCGCCAACAAGUUUGAGUUUUUGGACAUGGGAUACCAACUAAUGGAGCGCCUGAAGAGGAUUGUCAAGCUCCCUCAUCGCCUGAGACCGGCACAGAGCAGCAAAAUCAACACAGACUACAGAAGUGAGUUUGCCCGCUGUCUAGAGCCCUUGCUGCUGCUAGGACAUCGCUGCCCUCCCUCUGUCGCUGGAUCUACAAGUGUUGCAACCAGGCUCCAGUCCCCUCUCUCCAUGUCCUGCCGCUCCCCGUCUCUCAGCGAGAUGCCCCUCGGCUCUGUGUUGGGGCGAAGGCCCACUUCCCACCGCAACAUCUGCACCAAGGUCCUCCUGGCUGAGGGGAGGGAGACGCCCUUCACCGAGCACUGCCGCAAUUAUGAGAGCACCUACAGGACUCUCCAGACAGAGAUUCAGAAUCUGAAGGACCAGGUCCAGGAGCUGCACCGAGAUCUGACCAAGCACCACUCCAUCAUCAACACAGACAAAAUGGGCGAGAUCCUGGACAGAUCGCUGCACAUUGACAGCCAGAUAACUUCCCAGUACUCCACUGUGGAAACUAUGAGAGUCAUGUUUGAAGAGAUCUGGGAUGAGACUUUUCAGAGGGUUACCAAUGAGCAGGAGAUCUAUGAAGCCCAGCUCCAUGACCUGAUGCAGCUGAAGCAGGAGAACUUCUACCUAACCACUAUCGCCAAACAGAUCAGCCCCUACAUCUUGUCCAUUGCCAAGGUCAAAGAGAGACUGGAGCCCAGGUUUCAGGAGCCUAAGGAGCACCAUGACGACCGCACAGAAACAAUGCUGAAAAUCUAUGAAGACAGCUCAAUAGCAAAGGAAAGUCAUGACAGUGAAAACCAGACCUGUGUGACAGACCAAGACAGAGACAAGAACAACCGCCCACUGAUCCUCGAAUCGGGGGAGAGCUCUGUCAAGAGCAAUCGUCCGGGCAGGCAGAGGGGCCCCACGGAGACGUCCGGCCACAGUGAGAUGCCUUCAUAAACAGCCGUCCCCCUCGUCCCUCCCUGCCCAGGGGGACCGAUGUCCCUUAAUUCAACUAUAACAAGCCCAGGAUGGUAUGUGGCUUCUUCGGCUGUCCAGAUACUUUACAUAACAUUUUCUCAGCGGCAGAGCGGGGAGCUGUCAGCGGCCCUUGGAUAGGCACUAACUGAACGUACAGUUACAUACAUGGAGGUCAAAGAGUCACAGCUGUCAGAGCCUGACACGGAAAGCCCCCCUUGUUCCAACUGGACAAUGAUAACAAUAUCAUAAAGAAUUGCUUUGGCAUUAUUUAAGAGCCAUGGACUGCUGUAAUGAUUUCCUUUUGUUGUUCUGUUUGUGCUUGACUCUUUGAAUGAUAAGUAUGCUGAGAGUGUGAAUUAUUGCCUUUUUUUUGGUCUUUUUUUUCUUCUAACACGUGUGUAGAGUUGCUUUUCGCAGUAAAUAUUCUUUUCAGAAAAACAUUUUUUUUGGAGGCUGGGGGCUGCCGAUGAGCGACUGCCCAGGUCCAAUACCCCCCAGAAGAUUGUUGAAACCAGCGUGACAGCACAGAUGGAGCAGUGCAGUGAUGUGUGUGUCAUCCUGGGUGCCAGCAUAGGUCACAUGUUGAUUGGUGUCAUGUGUCAUCUCAUCAUCUCACGCAUCGGUCUCCGCCAAAA